AUGGUUGAAAUUGAAGAAGUUGAUCAACCUAGAGAAACACAUGUUAUUGAUGAUAAUGAAGCAAAUGGAAUGGUAGAAUGUGAUGAAGGUAAAGGUAUUGAUGAAAGUAUAGUGGGAAUGGUUUUUGAUACACCUGAUGAUGCAUAUACAUUUUAUAAUGAUUAUGCGUUUUUACAUGGAUUUGGUAUACGUAUUGAUACCACAUUUAAACAUAAGACGACAAAGGAGCCUUAUCGGAAGAUAUAUGUAUGCGAUAAAGAAGGUUUUAAAUGGUUAGACGACAAUGCUUCAAGUGGAAUCGAGAAAAAGCGUCGUAGAGAUGUUAGAACCGGAUGUAAAGCCGAACUUCGAAUUUCAAAAAUGAAAGAUGGUAAAUGGUUUGUAGACUCGUUUAAAGACACACACAAUCAUGAUUUGAGCAUGACACCAACGAAGGUGAUGAAGCAUCGAUCUCAUGGCAAGUUCCAUCGUACAAUGGAAUGUAAAUCUCUUAUAGUGCAACUAGGUCAAGCAGGAUUGAGACCUUGUCAUGUUAAAAAGGCUAUUAAUGGAAUGAAAACGUCAACCGUGGCUGAUAUUACUUCAAAGCAGUGUGCUGAUGUCUUAUCUGAGCAACGAAAACAAUACAGAGGAAAGGAGUUCUAUGGACUUAUAAAACAUUUCCAAGAUAAAGCCUUAUUGGAUAAUGACCAAUACUUUUAUGUGGAUUUGUGUGAUGAUGGGUCUCCUAAAAAUAUAUUUUGGGCUGAUGGAAGAUCAAGAGAUGCCUAUACUAAAUUUAGCGAUGUUGUUGUGUUUGAUGUCACUUAUAUGACAAACAAAUUCAAGAUGCCUUUUGCUCCUUUUGUUGGUGUUAAUCAUCAUGGGCAAUCUAUACUUUUUGGUGGAGCGUUGCUAGAAAACGAAAAAGAAGAAACUUUUGAAUGGUUAUUUGAGCAUUUUCUCAAGUGUAUGUUUGGCAAAUAUCCGAAGGCAAUCAUUACUGAUCAAGACAAAGCUAUGGGUAAUGCAAUAAAAAAAGUUUUUCCAAACACUCGACAUCGGUUUUGUGCAUGGCAUAUUAAGAAGCAUGAACAAGAACACAUUAAACCGUAUGUUUCCCGUUAUAGUGAUUUUAAGGAAUCAUAUACAAAAUGGGUAAAUAGUGACACCAUUGAAGCAUUUGAAACUAGGUGGGAAGUUAUACGUGAUAAACAUAGAUUAGAAAAAAAUUGUUGGAUAAGCGAUAUGUAUAACCAACGGAUACAUUGGGCUAAAGCCUUCUUGAAGGAUGUUUUCUUGGCUGGUAUGACUACAAGUGGACGGAGUGAGAGUAUUAAUUCAUUUUUUGAUGGAUUUGUUAACUCAAAUACUAUGUUGAAUGAAUUUGUAGUGCAAUAUGAAAAAGCAGUUGAGUCUAGAAGGGCUGCCGAAGAAGAUGAAGACUUCAAGACUAUGAACUCGAGACCGAUUCUUUCUUCUCUUCAUCCAAUCGAAGAAAAAGCAGGCGAGUGUUAUACUAGAAAGAUUUUUGAUAUGUUCAAAAAAGAAUGGACAGAAGCUAGUAGCAAUUUAACUCACGAGACUAUAAGCAAGAGUACUGAAGAAAUCAAAUAUCGAGUGGGGCAACUGAAAGUUGAUAAAACAUAUUGGCGUUAUGUGACCUUUCGUUUUUCUAAUGAAGUCAAUGUCACAUGUUCGUGUUCUAAGUAUGAGACGGAUAGGAUUUUAUGCAAGCAUAGCCUAUAUGUGAUGAAGAAGAGACAUGUUGAUACACUACCUAGUCGCUAUAUUUUACAUCGAUGGACUCUUAAUGCUAGGUAUAAGGUGGGUAAUGGUAGAAUCGGUCUUGAAGAAAUGAACAAUGGAAAUGACGUUAGUGCCUUAACAUUAUGGUGUGUCCGUUCAAAUUUCACGAAACUAAUUGAACAAGCAAGAGACUCCCCUUCGGAGAUAGAAAAAGUCAAUAAGAUAUUGAUAAGUCUUUUACAUGAUCAGGAAAAUCGGAAGAAAUCUAUUACAGUUGAGAAUACAUCUCAAGUUUCUUGUGCGGGAAUUUCACAGGUAGAUAUGAUGCCUCAGUUAUCUAUCCGGGAUCCUCUUGGUCCAACUAACACAAAAGGGCGUCCUAAAACUGCAAGUAGAAUAAAGUCUUUUUUAGAAGCGCCGAAAAAACGAACAUGCUCUUAUUGUCAAGGAUUGGGCCAUUAUGCUACUAGUUGUUCAAAAAGAAAGGCUGAUGAAUCGGUGCAAGAGAAACAUUGA